AUGUGGAUCAUUAACUGGUUCUACGACCUUCUGGCCUCCCUUGGCCUGCUCAACAAGCACGCCAAGCUGCUCUUCCUCGGUCUCGACAAUGCCGGAAAGACCACCCUCUUGCACAUGCUGAAGAAUGACCGCGUUGCCAUUCUCCAGCCUACCGCUCACCCCACGUCGGAGGAGCUUGCCAUCGGUAACAACCGCUUCACGACCUUUGACCUGGGUGGUCACCAGCAGGCUCGCCGUCUCUGGAAGGAUUACUUUCCUGAAGUCAGCGGUAUCGUCUUCCUGGUCGACGCCAAGGACCACGAGCGGUUCCCCGAGUCCAAGGCCGAGUUGGACGCCCUGCUUGCGAUGGAGGAUCUGGCCAAGGUCCCCUUCUUGAUCCUGGGCAACAAGAUCGAUCACCCGGAUGCCGUCAGCGAGGAUGAGCUCCGUCAUCAGCUGGGUCUGUACCAGACCACAGGUAAGGGCAAGGUCCCUCUUGAGGGAAUCCGGCCCAUCGAGGUGUUCAUGUGCAGUGUUGUCAUGAGACAGGGUUACGGUGAAGGUAUCAGAUGGCUGUCUCAAUACGUCUAA